AUGUUCGGCACUAUCCGAUACGACAAGGACACUGAUAGUCGUGAGCAUGUGGAGCUCCAAAGAGCCGAUGGGAUUGAGGCCAGAGGUUAUACCCCGAUUGCCUGUGACCGCUGUCGUUCGCGAAAGCUAAAAUGUAGCGGUGACAAAGAUGGCUGUGGAAGAUGCCAGACUGCCUCAGUUGCCUGCACUUAUCGAGAUGUCUUGUCGAACAAGGACAGCAGGAAAAUGUCUAAACGGGUGUGCACUUCGAACAACCAGUUGCCUAUUCCGAGCCCACGUCGCGCGUCCAGCCGCAGCCAACCGCAGCCCUUGAGCACAGAGGUGGACCGAGAGCGUACGCGAAGUACGUCGGACUCUGAGCCGUUAAAUUGGCUAUCCUCCUCCUCCGAUGCAUUUACGGAAUCACCCAACACGUGGGAUAUAUCAUGUGGGAUGUCUGGGGUUCCAGAAAGCAAUGAUCCCUCCUCGACAGACGUGGAAAAUAUCUUUGACGCAGUCCUCGAUACGCAGGCGGCCUACCACCAUACAAACGUCCCGUCUCAGCAGGCCUUUCUUAACGGAAAUACUCCAGAGAAACGGGCAGGACGGACCUCGCUGCCAGGAGGUAAUCUGUUAUCCACUGUUGGCGCUGGCAAGAGGAUUCUCUCAAAAUGUGAAUGCCUCAGCGAUGUGGCUAGAUUCCUAGAAAUCAUUGGCGUAGAAUCGACAGAAGCGAGAGCUGACAUGCUCCUAAUGUGCGUGAGUCGAGGGAUGCGGAUCUGUGGGGAGGCGCUUCGAUGCUCAGACUGUAGUGUUCGUGGGGACAACGGCAUGUUCCUGGCCGUUGUCUUACAACAGCUCGUGACAUUGACACGUACGGCAUCAGACAAGCUUUUGGCUUGGACUCGCGAAAAUAGGAACUGCCAGGGAUCCGCUGCCGAGAUCCACAGUCCCACCGUUUGGCUCGACCAGUACAAAAUCGAAAUGCCGGAUCUCAAGGCCCCGCUUAUUCGUCACGUCGUUUUGUUGCACUUGUUCAGUUUACGAGAUCUAUCGAAUGGCAUCAAGGAUAAAGUUAGACCAAACAGUUUGGCGGGGCACCUGAUUACGGAUUGCGAAAGCAAUAUUGUUGAUGCACUCGAGACAAUUCAAGACAAGGCAUCGCAUUCGAUGCCUAUGAGUUCUGCGUUUUAG